CGAUAAGAAUGGCUCGCAGAAAUCGUAUCACAUUUCUCGAGCGCGCUUGUGAACGCACGCAGAGUAUUCGGUUAUUCGCGCGACGCUCUUAAACUGCGCUUCAGUCAUAUUGCGCUGAGAACUGCUCCGUUCGGUUCGUACGUUAAGUUAGCGCUUAUAAAAGCGCCGAAUGCACGAUUUAAAUAAUUAAUUAAUAGCCUGAUUCGAGGUCUAACGAAGGAGAAAAUACAUAAGCAGAUCAACGGAGCAUCGCCGUUUGAAUCAGCUCUAACAGAGACCGAGGUUGACAUGAUGGGAUGCUAUUUUGUGCCAACUCUUUUUAUUUUCCUCGUUCAUGGUGUUUUUGGUGAGGAUGUGGUGACAGUGAUGGAGGGAGAUACAGUCACUCUACACACUGAUAUCAACAAAAAAGAACAUGACAAGAUGCUGUGGUAUUUUGAAGACACUCGCAUAGCUCUGAUCAACGGACAUCCCAAUACGAGCUGUUUAUAUGAUGGUGAAGGUGGGAGAUUCAGAGGCAGACUGGAGGUGGACUAUAAGACUGGAUCUCUGAUCAUCACAAACAUCACAACUGAACACGCUGGACGUUAUGAAGCAGAGAUCAUCAGAAGCGAGAGCUCAGGAAAAAGCCAAAGCCUGAACAGAAAUCGCAAGUGUGACAGCAGAAAAAUCACCAAAAAAAUCAGCAUCAGUCAUGAUGAUACCAUGAAGACUUUCAAUAUGAUCGUCAUUGCUGCUCUGUCUGAUCAAGUCAAAACCAAUGAAGAGCCCCGUAUGGAGAAGAGGGAGUUUGACUUGGAUUCAGGUCUGUCUUCAGCUGCUGUAGCAGGAAUAUGUGCUGCUGUUCUGCUGCUGGUGUCUGUUGUAGCUGCUGCUGGUGGGAUUUACUAUCGCCGCAGGAGCUCCAGACAUGCAGACAGGGACAAAAACAAGUAUGAAGGACUACUGCCCAAAUGAGAAGGAGAAAGACAGUCCCAAAAAUGUGAUUAUAAAAUAAGAAAACAUUUUUUUUUUUACAGAAAUAAUCGUUACUGUAA